AAAAUUCCAAGGGCCAGCAAGGGCCUGCUAUCUAUAUAUACUCCCUCCGUAUACAUACGCAACACAAGAAGAUCCAUAGAACUACACACACAGGUACAGAAGCAGCAGCACCAGCAAGCAAGACAUAUAGAUUAACAAGAAGCUAGACUUCAAGAACAAAAGGCGAUAUCGGUUGAUCGAUCAUGGUGACAUAUAAGGAAGAGAGAGAUCAGAAUCAGAGCAUCGCCAUGGAGAAGGUGAAGAACAACGGGGAGGUGGUGCUGGGCGAGGAAGACGAUGCGGCGCUGCCGGGGUACCGGUUCCACCCGACCGACGAGGAGCUGGUCACCUUCUACCUCCGCCGGAAGGUGGCGAGGAAGCCGCUCAGCAUCGAGGUCAUCCGGGAGAUGGACAUCUACAAGCACGACCCAUGGGAUCUCCCAAAGGCGAGCACGGUUGGUGGAGAGAAAGAGUGGUACUUCUUCUGCCUCAGGGGGAGGAAAUACCGGAACAGCAUAAGACCCAACCGGGUGACCGGCUCCGGGUUCUGGAAAGCCACGGGCAUCGACCGGCCGAUCUACUCCGCCGCAGCGGCGAGCUCCGGCGAGUCGAUCGGCCUCAAGAAGUCCCUCGUCUAUUACCGUGGCAGCGCCGGUAAGGGCACCAAGACCGACUGGAUGAUGCACGAGUUCCGUCUCCCUGCCGCCGCCGCUGCCAACGCCUCCCCAAGCAUGCAGGAAGCUGAGGUGUGGACCAUCUGCAGGAUCUUCAGGAGGAACAUCACCUAUAGGAAGCAGCAGACGUGGAGGCCGCCGCCGGCAGCAGCGGUGUCCACCGCCGUCGCCGCCGACUCGAGCUCCAACACGGCGGGGAGCUUCGAGUCGUCGGACGGCGGCGGCGACGACUACAUGGCUCAAGCAGCAACGACCGGUCCUCCGUGCAUUAUCCCCCACGUGCAACAGCACCAUGGUAACCUGCAGCUGGGCGCGACGAACGGCGGCUUCUUCAGCCAGCAGUUCCAGGGGCAAUGGAGCAGCGUUCCACCUCCGACGCUGCCGUUGCCGGACCAAAAACCGCUGAAUCCGGCAUCGGCACCCAUUGCCUUUCACCUGAAUGAUCACAGCCUCGCCGCCGCCAGUGACUUGUACAAGGUCGACGGGUACUUGGAGGAGAUCGCCAGGAUGAUGGAGGUCACUGAUCCACAUCCAGCAGCGAUUUAUGACUACAGAUACGCUUGAACAGCAGGGAAAGGGCUUUGCUUAGCUUCAGAACGAUCUUCAGAAUUCAGAACGUAGAUUGGCUAGAUGCUUAGAUGCAUACAGAAUUCGCCGGCAAAGCAGGUAAUGCUGUCAAGUGAGGGACGGACACGCAGGGCCCUGCCACAGAGGCCGCAUACAAUAGUCCGGCUGAUAGACUUCGCCACAGAGGGCUUUCUUUCUUCUUCUCCUUUCUGGCGAUCUAAUGUGUGAAGUAUAUGUGCUUGUGAUGCAAUGUAUGAGUUGUGUGUGUGGUAGUGUAAGAAAGUAAAGAAUAUUUGCUUCAGACUAGUUCAUGACUUCAAAAAAAAAAAUCUUUGACUUAUCAUGGUUUUAUUCCAUCGACCAAUGUGUGAGCACUCCUGUUGUAACUUGUUCAGGUCAUUCAGAUAAGCAUAUACAUGACAGGUUCUGUAGCUU